ACUAGAGGAGUUGUGACAGGGCGGAAUGUGCCCAAGGAGCCACCUUGGGGCCUUUCACCACCAAAACAGCCAACACUGUGUGUCUCAGCCUGUGUACCAGAAACAAGGGCAUCUUGGGACUGACAGUUAUCCAGAAUGGAGAAGGACAACGCCCCACAGCUGCUGGCUCCUGCCUCAGUGAAGAGCAUCAUCUCGAGGGUUGAGACUGCCCAGCUCGCUCGGGCUCAGGCAGAUAUUUCUACCCAGCUGUCAGACAUCUUGGACAAUGUCAAUGGUGUCAUCAACCGCUUCCAGGAGGAACUGGGAUAUGAUUUAAAAGAAAAAACAAAAUCUUACCAGAUGGAGCAAAAGGGCAAGAAGCGAUUCAUCUUGCUAGAGAAAAUUGCUUCCUUCUACAAAGAUGCUAAGACGAAAGAGAAGAACCUAUAUGAAAUCCUCCACUGGCUGGGUGACUGGGGUGACAGUCUGACCUACGAGAUCAGGAACAGGAAGAGUGAGGAGGAAGAGGAAGCCCUGAAUGAAUGGGUCGAAGUAAUAGAGAAGGUGCUGCCUCUCUCCCUCGUCACCACCAAAGGAGGCAUAGAAUCUCUCAUUUCCCUUUGUUCCACUCUCAUUGAAGAGCAAAAGAAAAGGUCACAAAUGCCCAAACACAUCUUCUGGCAGAACUGGCGGGAGAAAAGCCCACAAAAAUCUUCACUCCACCCUCAGCCAUUGAGCCCAGAACAGAUGCUUCAGGACAAGCAUGCCACCUGUUCAAAGGCCUCUGAGGUGACGUCCAUGUUGCAGGAGCUCCUGGACUCCACCAUGUUCAACAAGGGAGAGAUCAAGGCCAUCAGGUACAUGUCCACUGUGGUAGAGAACCUCAACAAGGCCUUGAUCCUCCAGCACAAGGAGAACAGAAACCUGGAAACCAAAUACAAGUGCUUGCAAAUAGAGAUGGCCACAGAGCUCAGCACCCAGAGGCUGCACUUCCAGAAGUCCAUCCAAGACCUUGAGAGCAAGAGGGAUGCUCUCCUAAAACAGGUAGCGGUUCUCAGUGGGAAGUGCCAUGAUCUUGUCCUGACAAAGCACAUCCUAGAGUUCCAACUGAAGAAGAUCCAGAUUGCUAGAGGUCCAGCCGGGGACCCAGCUGAGGUGUCUCCUGACUCCCCAGCUGCCCCUGAGGAAAAAGCCCUUCAACAGAUGGGAGCAGUCACAGAAGAGGCCCAAAGGGAUCCCUGGGAGGAGGAGCUGUUGCUUUCACCAUUUCCCUCAAGUCCCAUGGCCACAACCUGGGACAUUGAGGCGACUUCUUCAGCAUGCCAACCGCUCUCCACCAUGAGCAUACAUUCCAGGAUCACAGGUGUGUUCAAGGACACUGAGAUCCUUCAGCCUGUGUUGUCACCCUCAGAAGACCACAAAUUCCGAACAAAACAGGAGAAGCUGAUGGCAGAAGGCCCAGUCCACAAAGAUGAAAACCAAGGAGACCACUUCCCAGAAAAAGAAAGAGUCCAAACUAAGCUGCAUUUUAGGAAGCAGCCAUCCCCAGGGAGCUCUGGGAAGGUGCCCUCAGAGAGCCAAGCAGGACACUGGGAAGAGGAGCGCUGGUGGCAGAGGCGGAGGCAGCAGUGGCUGCAGGAGGAGGAGAUGUGGCUGCAAAGGCAGAGAAAGUGGACCCUGCUGGAGCAGGAGCACCAGGAGAAGCUGCAGCGAUGGGGCAUAGAGGCAGCUACCAGGCUGCAACGGCAGAUACUCGCCUGGCUAGAAGAGGAACCACAGAGCCUGAGGAGGGAGCCAAUGGGGCCAAGGGAAGACACUGAGAGGCCAGUCUCUACAAACACCAGUUGGUGGAGGAACCUGGAGAAGGCAGAGCCUCCCUCAAGCCGGGCCCAAUCUGCUCGCCAAGGCAGGAGGCCAUACUUGCCCAGGUCCUACCAUCCCCAGCAGCCUGGCCCAGGAAACCAGAGGACCGUGAGUUUAACCGAGUGCACUCAGCUGCCACGGGCCAAGCCCAAGAAGUCUAUCUCCUUUCCUGUCACUGGCACAUCCAUCCGAAGGGAGACCCAGCUCUCUCUGCAGAGGCCCCUGGUCACCCCCAAGGAAAAAGUGUACCACAUGGACAUGGAGGCCCAGAGGGAGAACCUGCAGCUCCUGAGUGGGGAGUGCAAGCUGGGGUUGCCACGUUACCUUCACAGCAAGGCCUUGGAGCUCACCACCACCACCAUGGAGCUGAGCACUCGCAGGCUACAAUAUCUGUGCCAGAAGUACGUCCUCUACAGGCACUUUCAGAGCCUCCGACAAGCAGUGAUCAACCACAUGCAAGUCACGGGAGAAACAGGGGCCUCCAACAUGGCCCAGAGCCUCUGUGUCCUCCUGGGAAACAUUGACCACCAGCAGAGGCUCAGGCUGCAGGCCUGGACAGACAAACAGAAGGAGCUAGAGGAGCAGCACAGGGAGUGUCUGAGCAGCAUGGCAACCAUGUUCCCCAAGCUUCGCCUGGAGUGGAACAUUCACCUGAACAUUCCAGUGGUCAUCUCAAAGCCAAGGAAAUCUAAGUCACCACCAGCCUUACCCCAGCGGAUCCACUCUGGCAGGCCCACCUGCAAGCAUUUUUUUCCACCCAGGCAUCGGGAAUCACUGCCCCUCUGGAUAUCCAGUGCCUCCUUGAAUCAGAGGAAAGAAUGCCAGGAACGCACAGAGGAGCCAGCUGAGCUUAUCUGCAAAAGGUUGAGCCAGUCACUCCCUGGAAUCCUGCAAAACCAAAAGGAGUGAAACAUCCGCAGUCCCACUCCAUCCCUUAGCUGCUGGUGAUUCUCAAACUCCAAGGGGACUAAAAAUCACAUGGGACUUGUUCCAAAUGCAGAUUCCUAGCUGGUGUUUUAAAAUAAAUACUGGGUGUUUCUAAAUCUUCCUAGAACUUUGAGAAACACUUUUUUCUCCUAA